AUGUCUAAUUAUACUCAGUUAGACCAUACACAUGACCAAGAGCAACCGGUGGCUACCGUGUUGUGUUGUAACUGUGGUGUUCCAAUGGAUGGAUCGUCAGGGUUAGUAAUGUGUUACGACUGUAUUAAAUUAACAGUGGAUAUAACAGAAGGAAUUCCAAGAGAAGCGAAUGUUUCGUUUUGCAGAAACUGUGAAAGGUUUUUACAACCACCACAGCAUUGGAUUAGGGCCGAGUUGGAAUCGAGAGAAUUGUUAGCGUUGUGUUUGAGGAGACUUAAGGGUUUAAAUAAGGUGAGAUUGAUAGAUGCAUCGUUCAUUUGGACAGAACCACAUUCGCGUCGUAUCAGGGUCAAAUUGACUGUGCAGGGAGAAGCCAUGUCCAAUACUAUUGUGCAACAGACGUUUGAGGUAGAAUAUGUUGUUGUUGCUAUGCAAUGUCCAGAUUGUGCCAAGUCCUACACUGCUAAUACAUGGAGAGCAACAGUCCAGAUUAGACAAAAGGUUCCACAUAAGAGAACAUUCUUGUAUUUAGAACAGUUGAUUUUGAAGCACAAUGCUCACAUGGAUACUGUUUCUAUCAAGGAAUCGAAGGACGGGUUGGAUUUUUUCUACGGUCAGAAAAACCAUGCGGUUAAAAUGUUAGACUUCUUAUCAGCUGUUGCUCCUAUAAAGUCAAAGAAAUCCGAAGAGUUGGUCAGUACCGAUAUUCAUUCGGCAUCUUCUUCGUAUAAAUUUUCUUACUCAGUUGAAAUUGCGCCAAUCUGUCGUGAUGAUUUGGUUGUGUUACCUAAAAAAAUGGCUAACUCAUUGGGUAAUAUUUCCAGGCUAGUUUUAUGUUCAAAAAUCUCAAACUCGAUUCAAUUCUUUGAUCCUGCGCUGUUACAUUCUGCCGACUUAAAUGCUCCGGUCUACUGGAGAUCCCCUUUCCCAUCUUUAUUGAAUGCGACUGAAUUAAUUGAGUUCAUAGUUUUGGAUGUCGAACCUACGGGCGACAUUAGAGGCAAGCAUGUCUUAGCUGAUAUUACUGUUAGUCGUGCCAGUGACUUUGGUUCGAACGAUAAUUCAUUUUACAUUAGAUCUCACUUGGGUGCCAUCUUACAUCCAGGUGAUUCUUGUUUGGGUUAUUAUUUAGCUAAUUCUAACCUUAAUUCUGAAUUGUUUGAUACCCUUGAUACCGACAACAUUCCUGAUGUUAUAUUGGUUAAGAAGCAUUACGCCAGAAAGUCACGUAAAUCAAAGAACAGAAAGUGGAAGUUGAAGAGAAUGGCUAAGGAACAUAAUGACAUUGUUGCUAAUGACGACUCGAGACAAGCAAAACAAGAACAAGAACGUGCAGAAAGAGACUACGAAUUAUUCUUGCAACAGUUAGAAGAAGAUGAUGAAUUAAGACAAACUAUUAACUUGUAUAAGACUGAUGACCAAUAUCCAAAACAUUCGGAGACUGAUAUGGAAGAUGAAGAUGAAGAUGAAGAUGCGCCUCAAAUUGGUAUUGAUGAGUUGUUAGAUGAAUUGGAUGAUAUGACCUUAGAUGAUCAUACUAUGCAAGGUUAA